AUGUUCUCAUCGAUGAUGGUCUUUUCCUUUCCUGUUUUCUCAAUAUUUCUCAUCUUUCACUGUCUGUCUCUCAAUGACUUUCUCUCUCUCUCUCUCUCUCUCACUGCUUUUCUCACUUUUCCUAUCUAUCUAUGUAUCUCUCUAAAUCUGCCUAUUCUUAUCUAUCUAUCUAUCUAUCUAUCUAUCUAUCACAUUCUGUUCGUAUCUAUUUAUUCAUCUAUCUGUCUAUUUAUCGAACUCAGUCUGUUCAUAUCUAUCUAUCUAUCUAUCUAUCUAUCUAUCUAUCUAUCUAUCUAUCUAUCUCAGUCCUUUUCAUAUCUAUCUAUCUAUCUAUCUAUCUAUCUAUCACAUUCUGUUCAUAUCUAUUUAUUCAUCUAUCUGUCUAUUUAUCGAACUCAGUCUGUUCAUAUCUAUCUAUCUAUCUAUCUAUCUAUCUAUCUAUCUAUCUAUCUAUCAAGAGAAACUCAGUAUCUUCACCUCUUCAACUAUAUCUAUUUCUAUUGCAUUAUUUCUUUCUAUCUAUCUAUCUAUCUAUCUAUCUAUCUAUCUAUCUAUCUAUCUAUCUACCUAUCUAUCAAUCCUCACUCUGUUCAUAUCUAUCUAUCUAUCUAUCUAUCUAUCUAUCUCAGUCUAUCCAUAUGUAUUUCAGGCUGUUCAUAUCUAUCUAUCUAUCUAUCUAUCUAUCUAUCUAUCUAUCUAUCUAUCUAUCUCAGUCUGUCCAUAUGUAUCUCAGACUGUCAAUAUCUAUCUAUCUAUCUAUCUAUCUAUCUAUCUUAUUCUGUUCCUAUCUAUAUAUCUAUCCUAAUUCUAUUCUUAUCUAUCUAUCUAUCUAUCUAUCUACCUAUCUAUCUAUCUAUCUAUCUAUCUAUCCUCACUCUGUUCAUAUCUAUCUAUCUAUCUAUCUAUCUAUCUAUCUAUCUAUCUAUCUAUCUAUCUAUCUAUCUCAGUCUGUCCAUAUGUAUCUCAGACUGUCAAUAUCUAUCUAUCUAUCUAUCUAUCUAUCUUAUUCUUCUGUUCCUAUCUAUCUAUCUAUCUAUCUAUCUAUCUAUCUAUCUAUCUAUCAAUCCUCACUCUGUUCAUAUCUAUCUAUCUAUCUAUCUAUCUAUCUAUCUAUCUAUCUAUCUAUCUAUCUCAGUCUAUCCAUAUGUAUCUCAGGCUGUUCAUAUCUAUCUAUCUAUCUAUCUAUCUAUCUAUCUAUCUAUCUAUCUAUCUAUCUCAGUCUAUCCAUAUGUAUCUCAGGCUGUUCAUAUCUAUCUAUCUAUCUAUCUAUCUAUCUAUCUAUCUAUCUAUCUAUCUAUCACUUCAUCUCUUUCUGCAUCUGGGCAUAUUUAUCUCAACAUAGUCAUAUCUGUCUAG